GAGAGAGAGAGAGAGAGAGAGGGAGGAAAAAGGGGGAGGAGAGUGAAAAAGAGAAGAGACAGGCAGAGGAAAGAAGAGACACAGUUACAAAACCAGGGAAUUUUGCCGGUGAGUGAAAAGUUUCUGCUGGUUCCUGAGGUUUCCUCUGCUGACGGGAUCAGAGCUCCAGCAUACACUCCAGCACCAGGGGAUCAUUUCUAACUACAGAAGACAACAGGAUGAGUGUGUGACUCACUCAGUGAGCCAUCUGUCUGUCCGGCUGUCUCUCUGUAAGUCCAUCAUUCCUCCAUCCUCUGCCUCAGUAUGAAGUUGAACCUCACACUGUGCCAAGACACCCUGAGAGAGAGAGAAAGAGAGCGACAGCACUAAGAGUCCACGAGAGGAGAAGGUGUGUAACACUGGAGCUCAAGGACAAACCAUGGACUCUGCAGAGCAACCACCACACCUGGGCGUCCACAAUGUUCCUUGCUAGUCUUCUAGUUCUGAUGACUGUGCUGCUACCUCCAGCCUUGCCAGGUCACCAGGGGUAUUACAGUCACUCUCAUGGUAACCCGGGAAUCUCUAUAGAGCCCAGUUUGGCCCAGACCAUCCAGAACCUUCUCCUGACCCGACUGGGCCUACAGUCCUAUCCAGACCCCCACCCAGGAGCAGUGGUACCUCAGUAUCUCCUUGACCUCUAUCGCUUCCAUGCACAGCAGUACCAUCUGGUAAAAGAUCCAGACUUCAGCUUUCCUGUGGAACAUGUUCAAGGUGCCAACACAGUCCGCAGCUUCCACCAUGCAGACCUUCAUAACCCUGUUGAGAAGAAUGACAGGUUCCAUAUAGCUUUUAACCUCUCCUCUAUUCCUCCCUAUGAGAAUGUGGUAUCAGCAGAGCUGCGUUUUUUGCGCAGAGGAACACACCAGACUUCAGAGCCUCGCACCAUCAGCCUGUAUGUCUCCAGUGGCAACACUGAGCCUGAACUUCUCCAUUCACGACAGCUAGUUAGAGAACCAUCGGUAUCUUGGGAGGCCUUUCCUCUAAAUGCAAAACUGUUUCAGCAGUUGUCCGAAAGUGACAGAAAAGUGACCUUUAUCCUGAAAGUGACCUCAGAUAAUAGCAGUCACCCUGUGGAGGGCAUGGACUCAGAGGGACACUUGAGAGUGCGCAGGUCAGCAGGUGAAGAUGAUUACAGUUGGGCACGGCAGAGACCACUACUGGUCACUUACAGCCAUGAUGGGCGCAGCGAACCACUCAUUCCAUUUGGAAGGAAGAAGACCCCCAGGGGUAAGAGGGGAGGAAACAGGGCUAAAAAACACAGAGGUCAGGGGUCACAGGUAAGCUGGCACGAUGUGUGGACAGACAGACGGGUAAAGAGGAAUAAUGGUGGUCGAGCAGCCAAGCUGAAACGCCUGUCUCGCUCUAGAUGCCGCCGCCAUCCUCUCUACGUGGACUUCAAAGAUGUCGGCUGGAAUAAAUGGAUCGUAGCACCGACUGGUUACGAUGCCUUCUUCUGCCUGGGUGAGUGCCGCUUUCCCCUCACUGACCACAUGAACUCGUCUAGCCAUGCCAUGGUGCAGACACUGCUGAACUCGGUUAAUGGAGCUGUGCCUCGAGCCUGCUGUGUACCAACGGCCCUCAGUCCGAUCGCACUCCUUUAUCUGGACCAGGAGGAUCACGUGAUACUGAAAAACUAUCAGGAUAUGGUAGUGGAGGGCUGCGGCUGCCGGUAACAAGGGACAGAAAAAAGGGCAAAAAGCAUGAAAACAUGGAAGAGCAAGCAGAUAAAAUAUCCCACAAACCUCCAGAUCCAAGCUUUUUCAAAGGCACCAUUAAGUUCCUGUCCAGUGGUGGUGCAUUGAUUUGUUCAUAAAGCAGCGCAAACCUGAUUUAUUUCUUAAAUCCAGUUUUAGAUUCUCAGGGCUAAGAAAAUGUGUCUGUGUGUUUGCAAUGGGUUCAUUUUAUUAAGCUGUAGCUAAUCACUGAUCACAUCGCUAAUCAGUGUGUUGGGGACAUCAAUAAACUAGCAGAAUAUUUACUCAGUCCACCAUCAGUACACAAUAGUGUUGCCUCCUGUUUGGAUUUUGUGGUAUCUGUGUUUGUGUCACAUUAUCUGCUCCUUCUGAAUAACGAACUCGUACUCGGUUACAUCACAUGCUUUAAAAAUCUGAAUUGAGCUGCUUAUCUGAACAAAGUCUAUGUCUCUGUGUCCCUGUGUCUCUGUGUGUGGUUCUGCUCACGACUCGUCCAGCAUCCCCAUCUCUGCUGUAAACACCACUGCAGUUCUGUCCGUCUCUUCCUUGUCCAUGUUGUCGUGUACUUCCUGUUUCACACCUUCUUCUUCCUCUCAGUAGCAUCAAGUCACUUCAAUGGAAACAGGGAGCUUCUGGAUAAAAGACAUUAGACUCUCGUUCAGCUUGAAAGCUUGAAGCCACAAGUUCACUAUUCAAUAAUAAUCUUCCAGUGGAUGUGGAUUUACAGAAAAGACUGAAACACCAGCACAUCUCUUCUCUUCAGAAAGUAUUUUAGCAACUCUGACACUAGACAAGCUCUUAUUGAAGGAAUGUAUCUAUUAUUAUUAUUAUUAUUAUUAUUAUUAUUAUUAUUAUUAUUAUUAUUAUUAUUAUUAUUUAUGGUGUUAUAUUAAUUUUCCUUGCAAAAAAAAAGUCAAAGUGGCUCAACAAAUAAUAUCUGAAAGUAAAUCUAAUUUAAGAGAGCAUAUAUAUCUAUAUCUAUAUGUGUAUCUAUUUAAAUUGCAAAUGCAUAUUUAAUCUUGACAAAUAUUUCAGAUUCUUGCAAAUACACUGAAGGUCAAGUCUUCAUUUCUGUAUGAAAGUGAGACAUCAAAUCAUCGUCGUUUCCUGUAGAGUUGAGUGAGCGCUGUGUCAGCACGUGGAGUUCAGCCACAGUGUCACACGAGCAAACACGUCUCUGUAACACAAACAGCUUACAGUCAAACAAUCACAAUCUUCAUCAUCAAAUCUUCAUCUGUCUGAUGGUGAAACUCUAAUAUAGUGAAAAAAGUGAGCAACUGUGAGCUCCACGCUGGUGCGGCACGAACAGGUCAUUUAAAUGUUCUGAUGAUUUCCUGAUUAAAGCUUCAGCACUGCGAUGCUCUCAGCUGCUUUAACACACCGUCUGUGGAAACGUCUGAUGUGUGAAAAAAUAAAAAUGAACAAAACUGAA